GGGGACGAGAUUUUUAGAAACAUCUUCAGUUUUUUCAUGGAUCAGUUAAGUAGGAAACUGGGCCAAAGGAGUCUUAGCCAAUGUACAGCAGAAUCAGAACUCCCCAAGGACAGUUUUGACACAUCUCUGUCAGAUAUUGAUAGACUAAAAAGAACAAUAGCAGAAUUGAAAGAAGAAAAUUCAUUGCUUAGACACAAAAUUGAAAUUAAGAAAGAACAACAAUUAAAAAGGAAGGUUCACAAGAACAUUUUAAUAGCAGAGCAAAGUAAAGACAAUGACAUUGAAACUCUGAAAAAAAGACUGUUGUUAACCAAAUACCUUUGUGGAAUAAACAUUUCAUCAUUCACCCGUGAUAUCUGUGGUUACAAUGAGGUGGAGAAGACCAGCAUGUGCCAGAUGUCGGGAGAUUGUAAUGGUCUGAAGUUUCAGACUGAAUUUCAGGUAGUUGAAGAAGAUAGGAAGAUUUGUCGAAUCAGUAAUCUGAAGGUGGCUGUUCAUGAAGAUGUUACAGAAAAUCUGGACAAAUUCACUUGGUAUCAAGAUCAGAAUUGUUUACAAGACUUUUUACACAGUUACCUUAAUUAUUCAGAAAGCUAUGCAAGCCUGAAUGAAUUAGUUGCAUUGUUGGAGUCACGCUUUCAAGAGUCCAUAGAAGUAGUAAAAAAGAACAGUAGAGUAAUGGUUAGGAUAUCCAAAAAAGGAGCAAACAGGGAACAACUUCAUAUUUCCUGGGAUUUUCUGGAAGACCAAGAUCAUGGCUACAACUGUAUCCUGGGGUCACCAAAUAUUGGUGAAUCAGAAAUGUCAACAAUGACUGAAAAGUUUCAACUAGCUGUAAAAGAUGUGGGACUGAAGGCUGCAAUUCUUGGUUUGAUAGAUUUGUUUUUAAAGACUGUGUGAAGAAAAGAUUAGCAAACAUUUCUACUUCUGUUUUCAAAAUCAAAGGAACAAUUUCAAUUAUUGAAAGAGCUUGUGAAAGAAUUUAGCCAUAGUUGUCUUUUUGAUAGAUUUAUUGAAGUUUUGAGGUUUAAUUUUUUUUCCUAUUUUGUAAAAGCUUUCCAAGUGUUUCAACAAUGAAAUGAAAGUCUUCAUAAAUGUGAACAAUAAAGUUUUUGCUUUUAAACUUAUGUGGCUUGGAUUAAAAAAUAAAGGAAUAUUAUGUAAUUAAUUGAAUUGAAAAAGUAACUUCAAAACUAAUA